GAGCUUGGAGAGUGAAUCCUCCUCCAACUACACUGUGGUUGCAGAUGCCAGGCAAUCACCUGUGGAAAGGAAUGGCCAAUCAAAGGAGAAAGAAGAAGGGGAGAGGGUCUUUCUCAUCCUUGCUGCUCAUUCUGGGGGUACUUUCUCUAAUGGGGAUCCAGGCAGCUCACCACAAGCAUGAGAUACAGUUCACAACAGUGGGCACAGGAAGCUCCCUCCUGGACCACUUUAUGGUGGACUUUCUGGAUGAUGUUCAGGUGUUCUCCUAUGACAAACAUAACCAGCAGCUCAUGGCCAAGGAGGACUGGAUCUCCCAGGCCUUGGGGGCCAAGUUCAUAGCAAAGACUCAGCAGAAGUUAGUGGAUCAUGAGAAGAGUUUCCUCUGGUUCCUGAAGAAGUUGAUGCAGAAUGAGACCAAGCAUGAUGUGAACCGCACGGUGCAGGUCUCUGUAAACUGUGAGAUUGAGAGAAACAACCGUAUAGGAAAUGAAAUCCAGAUUGCUGUGGAUGGUCAGGAGUUUUGCCUCCUGGAUGAGGAGAUGGGAAAUUGGAUUGCCUUGAUGCCUGAGGCUCAGUCCUUCAAAUCCAUUCUGACAAGGACCCUCAGGACCAUUCAGAGGGAACGAUACAUGCAAGAAUAUUGUAUUGACACCAUGAAAAAAAUUCUUCAGCACUCGCAUAUAAAGAAGAACAUGCCCCCCGAGGUGACUGUAUCCCACUAUGAAGCCAUGGAUGGCAUUACCACCCUCACCUGCUCUGCUACUGGCUUCUACCCCAGUUCUAUCCUGUUGCACUGGAAGAAGGGGAAGGAGAUAAUUGUGGCUGGGAAGGAGAGCUCCAGUGGCACUUUGCCCAAUGCUGAUUCUACCUUCUACCAACAAAUCACUAUUGAGCUCCCACCAGAGGACAUGGGGACCAAUUAUGACUGUGUAGUGGACCAUAUUGAACUGGGGACACCGAAAGCAUAUCCUGUCCAUGUAAAGUAUCCUGAAAAGAGGUCUUGGACUGUGACCCUGACCAUCCUGGGUGUUGUCAUUCUGGUGUUGAGCUGUGCUGCAUCCUUCAUUAUAUGGAAGAAAAUGAAGACAGACUACAGCAUCCAUGAUUGUGUUACAUUGGAAGACAUUCAAUUGGAUCUUCAAGGAUAUUCCUAGAAUAUUCCGUGGUGCUUGCAUCAGAGAAGCUGCAACUGCUAUUGGCUCAUUCCUCCUGAAUAUGAAGA